UUUUUAUUGGCGCAUUUAGCAUAAAGUUGAUGUUUGUUAAGGAAACAUUUUUAACAUGACAUCCAUCCGAGUCAUUGGAUUCCCAAUCCAUCUUUGAUGGGGGGGGGGGAUAGAAGAAGCACGCUCAGGAUGAUAUAAUAUGCAAUCCGCGUCAAUUCACUGCAAUAAAGUCGUUAAAAAUCUGAUGAAAAGAUAGAAAAACAAACAAAGCAAGCUAGGGGAGAUAAGAAAAAUAAGAAAAUAGAAUGAGAAGAAGUAAAUACAUUCCAAAUUAGGUUGCGGCAGUUAAAGUAUAGAAAUAAAGUCAACAUACGACAAGAGUCAAGUCACAAUUACAAGAAAAAAUGUAGACGCAGAAGUGAAAAAAGAAGAAAGAAAAAGUAUAUUAUUAUUUGGAAAGUCAUGGUAUGAGAAACAAACAAAAUCAAAUAAAGUUUUUCAUUUUUGGAAAACGAGGUUGGGGAAAAGUUCUAAUAUGAUGGCAAUGGAAUAUAAUGGGAAUAAAGUCAGAAUAUAAGAAAAUUCCCGAAGAUUUGAUUUUUUAAACACCAAAAGUAGUGCCUUAAAUAUGCUAAUUGUUAUCCUCACUAGGGUUGCAGGUAUGCUGGAGCCUAUCCCAGCUGAUCUGCCCCCCACCCUGGACUGGUGGCCAGCCAAUGGCAGGGCACAUAUAGACAAACAACCAUUCACUCUCACAUUCAUACCUAUGGACAAUUUAGAGUCUCCAAUGAAGCUAACAUGCAUGUUUUUGGAAUGUGGGAGGAACUAAAGUGCUACUAUGCUCAUGUUAGCUGGCAGCAUCUAGCAUGGUAUAGCUAAGUGUCUGCGCAUGUUAAAAUGUUAAAAAAAUGCUUGUAUGCUAAUGUUAGCAUGCUAGCACUAACAAGCCAACACCGAACAUGAACAGAAGUGUUUCUAUAAGUUUCUACUCAUGAAAACGGCUAAAAGGUUACUAUGCUAACAUUAGUAUGCAAAACCUUGUAUGAUAGUGUCUGUCGAUGUUGCUCAUGAAAAUGGCUAAAAUACUACUAUGCUCAUGUUAGCAUGCUGGCAAUGCUAACACUUUAUAUAAGUUUCUACUCAUGAAAAUGGCUAAAAUGUUACUAUGCUAAUGUUAGCAAUGCUAACAUUGGCAUGCAAAACCGAGUAUGCUAGCGCUAAGCGUCUGCCAAUGUUAAUACUAGUGAAAAUGGCUAAAAGUGCUACUACGCUAAUGUUAGCAAUGCUAACAUGUAUUUUAUGGAAAUGAUUUGUCUUACAUGCCGGCCUUUAAAUAGUAAGAAGAUGCAAAAUGAACGUUUUUAAGUGGAAAUGUUUUCAAAUGCAAAAUAUCUUUACAGCAGUUUUUGGGAUGCGGACAUUUUGGCAUGCGCGUGAAAAGUGCGAGUUUUUUUCAGGUUUAAAUCCCAUCUGACUGCCAUUUCUCUUGUGAUGUUUUUAGUAGUCAUGCCGCUUCACAAAUCCGCCCGGGCCUCUCGCUUGGACCCCACCAUGAUCUCAGCCCCCCUGGGUGACUUCCGUCACACGAUGCACAUCGGCAGAGGCGGCGACGCCUUUGGGGACACCUCCUUCCUGUCCACUCUGGGUCCCAGCCCGCCCGGGUCCAACGCGGGGAGCCCGGGGUCAUCGUCGGUGGAAUACCCGGCGCCGGUAAACCACAAUGAUCUAUAUCAAGAACCCCCACAAAACCACGAGCUGGAGCACUCUGAGUCGGUGUCGUCGUUCACCUUGGACUUGGAUCUAGAUCUGGGUCCUUCCAUGCUGGGGGACGUGCUAGGCGUGAUGGACGGAUUGGGACUAGAGUCCAAUGUAGAAGACGCGUUCGGGCCUGAAGGUGGCGUACCCCCUGUGGACACAAAGCAAGGGAAGAUGCUGAAUGGAAAGAACUCGGCCGGGCUGGACGAGAACCAGAUUGCCGACGGCAGAAUCCCAGAUGGGCCCAAGCCCAAGGGGCUGCGACCCAAGGUGAGAUUCAGCGACAAGCGGGAGGAGAUCAUCCGCCAGGCUUCCGAGGAGGAAGAGGGGCAAGGGUUCGACUUCCAAGAGGAGGACCUGACGGAAAGUCCAACGAGAGGGGAGUCCGCCGCCGCCCAUAAGGAUCUGCCCCCCAGCCCGGCUUCGUCCCAUAGCUCCGACUUUGAUGGUGUGAGCGAGCUGGACAGGAGGAGGGUGGGCAGCAGCCACUCAGAGACUGACUCGGAGGAUGAGGAGGAAGUAGGGCGGGGCUACACGUUUGAAGACGAGUUUGACGACGAGAUAGGCCUAUGAGGUUGGGGGUGCGGAUGUUUUCAGUCACAUGACUGGAUCCAAACUUGCUGUAAAGCAUAAAGACUCUGUUGCUCUGCUGGGGGGGGACACGCUGUUUUCUCGACAAGGGUGACAGAUAUGCCGCUGUUUGGGGGUGUCACAAGAUUUCUCGUUCAGAAAAAAAAACAACCUCGUGGGCACUCGGCCUGGGACCAUAAAAGUCAUUCAUUAGUCACACUAAAUGAAAAUGAAAUGGAUCAUUUUGCCAGCCUCAAUAUAUUGCCACAAAAAUGCCACUACUCUAAUGUAGCUAACAUGCUAACACCUAACAUGAUAGCACUGUUUAUAUUUUAGAUUUGUUUCUACUCAUGAAAACGGCUAUAAUGUUUCUAUGUAAUGUUAGCAUGCCAAACCUAGCAUAAAAGUGUCUGCCAAUGUUUUAAUGAAAAUGGCUAAAACAAAAUGCUAUGCUAACAUGCUAACGGGAGCGUGCUAACACUUUAUAUGGUAGCACUCAAGUGUUUCAAUAAGUUUGUACUGUAAAAACAUCUAAAAAAGGCGACUGCAUAGCAUGCUGACACGUAGCAUGACAGCGCUAUGUGCUGGGAAUGCUAAAUGUCCUGAUUGACUUGUGCAUUUUGACUUUGGACUGGUUUAAAAUGUUAAUUGUUAGGCUAAAUUGUUAAAAUAACUGUUUUUAGAGAGGGGUUUUUUUGCGUAAAGCGAAAACGUUAACGAUGUGAAAAAUAAGUAGCGUGAAUGUCCUGAACGUGUGCUGCUGCCAAUCGUUGAUCCACCUCAAGCUAGAAAAAUACUACUAAGCAAAUACUUAUUAAAAUAUAUUUUAUGGAAAUCAUUUUUCUUACAUGCUGGCCUUUAAAUAGUCAGAAAAUGCUACAUGAAUGAUUUAAAGCCAAUAUAUUGCCAUCUGUGUCUGUCUUCCUCAUCUCCCGCCUCCAAACAAGGCAGAAUGAAAGUUCACUCUGUGCAUCGCUUUCAGCACCUUGGUGGGUUUGUGCCAUAGACCAACGGCAUGAACGGAGUGAGCCCUUUUGUCAGUCAUGCGGUCUCUAGUAUAAAUUAAAUUAGUUAAAAAAAUCUCAUCCCCUCUGGGAGACCUAAUCUCGAGUGUCUGGUGACACCCCUACCACUGUACCUCUCGCAGUGGAACCCGCUUAUGUUGACAGCCUUUCUUCCUCCGUUUAUGGUGGGUUGUUUGGUUGAAUUUACUUCUAAAAGCCCCGGGCCGCACUUUGGGCACCCCUGGUGUAAAAUAUAUGAAAGCAUUAGAAGCGAAAUUAAAAACAUGCACGUCAACAACCACCCUUUAUUGUGCACCCACUCUCCCCGAGGAAACGUGCAAGCGGCGACCAGUUUCGGCUCCGAUGAUGCCGACAAGCGCUUACGUCAGGCAACCGGUCCGAGGGUGCGUGGACAUAAACAGGUUCCACUGUAGUUCAUUCAGAAGGAGCGUAUUUUUGGAGGGCUGUAUCAUUUUGUAUCAUUUUGCCAUGCAAUGUUUUUAAGUGCCUUAUGUAGAUGAACUCUUAUUGUAACGUGUGCUGUCCAAAUGUUUUACGUUCUCAUAUUGCAUGUUUACAUCUCCAUCGUGUCACAUUCCAUGUCUUGACAAUGUGAGCUUCUCUGGAUCAGAUCCACUUUGUAUUAUUAUUAUUGUUAUUGUUAUUAUUGUUUUGCAUGUUUUUCAUACACUACCAAAGCUUUUUUUUGGGCCCAUUUUUGGCUGGGAAAAAUAAUACAAAUGCUGAGACAAUCAAAUAUCAUCGUUAAUUCAAUGUUGAACUUGCUGGGUUGAAUGCAGUUACUGUCCUGCCGUUUUUCAGUGAAACAUUAAAAAGAAAGCUAUUUGGGAUAUUUCAAGCUUUGUUUUCAUUUGCCAGAAAACAGUAACGAUACUCCGAGGCGAGUACUACUACACCGAUAUCGUCCUGAACACGUUGAAUCCCGACAGCGCCGUGGAGAUCAAGACGCCGGGGAUCUGCGGGUGCCAGUGGAUCUCCUUGAUCUCCGACUGGCCCUGGUGCAGGAAGAGCAGCUGGGGGGGAAGGUCCUUCACGCCCUCCGCCUUGACGCCCGCGUCGCACGACUCCACAGACAGAUCCCACAGGCUGACCACGUCGUCCGCCCCCGACGCGGCGAACACACUCGAGUCCGCCGGGUUCCACUCCACCGAGGUGAUGGGGGCGCUGUGCUGUUUGAAGUUGGCCACGGGCCGACCCGUCUGCUCGGAAAAAGUAUAAGAUCAGCGUACAGCCGAUGACCUGUGAUCAGGUCCCACACUUUGAGAAACCCGUCAUCGCCACCUGACAGGAGGAAUGGUUCGGUUCUGUUCCAGCUUAUGACGUUGAUGUCUGACUCGUGCGCUUGGUUGGCUGACAGCAUGGAGUUGGGCGGGGCCCGGAUAUCCCAAACACGGAUGGACUGAUCGACUGAGCACGAUGCAAAAACCUGAAACAAACGGCACCGAGGCCUGGAGUUACAUUGGGGAUUGCAUGGUAGCGCUUGUACCAUGUUUGGGAAAAAGUACCGUAGCUUCAGUGGGCGACCACUGCAGGUCCUCCACGGACUUGCUGUGAGAGCUGAAAGGCCGCUGGUCUAUGCGCCAUGAGGCUCCGCCCUCCUGCGGCUCCCAAACGUGGAUGUUCUUCUUGCAGUCGCCGCUGACAAGACGGCCUGUGAGUACGAGCAUAACACACUUCCACUAAGUCUGGCGCCAAGUCCAAGUGGAUUCUCGUUGGUUAACUGCCACCAAAUGCAGAUUUUGGGUCAAAUGUGCAUUGACAUUACAGCUUCUGUCCCUCAAUAUGCACUUUGACAUGAGAUGAAAUCUUGCAUGCAAGAGUUUCUAUGUUCUGAAUGACCACCAAAUGCUCCAUCUGGAUCAGAUCUCCACUUAACUUGGGUUGACAUUACAACUUCAAUCCCCAAAAACACACGAGAAAUUUUGUUCAAGCAUUUGAACGUUAUAUUCCAGUUAAGGGCUCAAUCUGGAUCAGAUCUGGAUUAAACCUGAUUUGACAUUCCAACUUUAAACCUUACAUACCAUGGUUUCCAUCUUCUGUAUUACCAGCAAAUGCUCAAUCUGGAUCAGAUUUAGAUUAAACUUGGUUUGACAUUACGUCAGUCCCCGAAUACACAGCAGAAAGUUUGUUCAAGCAAUUGAAUGUUGAAUUCCAGUCACAGGCUCAAUCUGGAUUAAACUUGGUUUGACAUUACAGCCUCUGUCCUUAAAUACACAUCAGAAAUGUUCAAGCAUUUGAACAUUCAAUUCCAGUCAUAGGCUCAAUCUGGUUCCAAUCUGGAGUCAACCUGGUUUGACGUUACAAUUUUACAACUUGCAUACACACAGCUGAUUCUGUUCAGGACUUUGAACAAGCUCACUGGAUUUUUCUUAGUAAAA